GAUGAUAAAUAAUAGCUGGCGUGCGUAAAAGGUUAUCAUUGCGAUAAUUAUCUGCACUUGGAUGGCAUACCUAUACAGUAUGUACUGUCGGUCACUGAUUAUCUUGGAUCGAACGACGACGACCACAACAAUAGCUGACAUAUUCGACCGUCUAUAAGAGAAAACAGGUGUAGAUAUCUGCUUGUGCAAAAUGGAUCAGGUAUCGGAGAAAUUCCUUGAUCGAGCUAUUAUGAAACUCAAGAUGGAAAAAUUUGCUGGUGGGAUGACAUAAGCGCUUUGCGAUUACUAAUUUAUUAUUGUCGAAUAAUUUUUCAUUUUAUACCUGAAAUAUAUCACUGCUAUCUGCAAUUGGUUUCUGCGAUCGUGAUUCUACAUAACAUGAUAUAGACUCGUAAUACCGCGAAUAGUGGGUAGUGUUCAAAUUUUGAAAUGCGAUCAAUCGAUUAAUUGGAACCUGAAAAUUCGACUGUCGAAUCUGCCUUGCUGUCGAAUGACGUCUUUUGUUUACACUGUUCGGUGGUCCAUGAGAGCGCUGUGAGGUUAUGUCAUCUUAGUUAUGUAAUGUUACGUUCUUUCUCGCAAUUAAUUAAUAUGCGUGCAUUAUCGGUAAAUGAAUGUUGGCAAGCCGUGAGCUGAGAAAAAAUAAUUUACCUCACGCAUCCAGCCAACAAAAACCGGAAUGUCUACUAAGGGUAGAAGAAUUGACAAAAAAACAUGUAGCAUUUCAUUCAGUCGAUAUAACAAACAAAGAGGAAUUGAAUAGUGUAUUCCAAAAGUACAAAUUUGACAAUGUCAUCCACUUUGCGGCACUAAAAGCUGUAGGGGAAUCAGUCGCAAAACCACUGGAUUAUUACAAGGUCAAUGUCACUGGUACAAUACUACUCCUGGAAGUAAUGCGCGAACAUGGUGUCUAUCGCAUGAUUUAUUCAAGCAGCGCAACUGUGUACGGCCUACCAGACAAGCUCCCAUUAACUGAGGAGUCCAGAACUGGAAAUUGUACCAACCCGUACGGAAAAUCCAAGUAUAUGGUUGAACAAAUAUUACAAGAUCUUUGUUUUUCCAAUAAGGCCUGGUCUAUCACCUCUUUGAGAUAUUUUAAUCCUGUUGGAGCUCAUGCCUCAGGAAAUAUUGGGGAAGACCCAAACGGAGUGCCAAAUAACCUGAUGCCUUACAUUGCCCAAGUAGCAGUUGGAAAGAGAGAGAAACUCUCAGUUUAUGGCAAGGAUUACGACACCCCUGAUGGAACUGGAGUUCGUGAUUACAUCCACGUCACUGACUUAGCAGUUGGCCAUUUGCAGGCAAUAUUCCAUCAGAAACCCUCAGGGUUUCAAAUUUAUAAUCUGGGUACUGGCAGAGGUUAUUCAGUGUUGGAGGUGAUAGAAGCAUUUAAGGCAGCUUCUGGUAAAGACAUACCCUACGAAAUUGUAGAUCGGCGGCCCGGUGAUAUUGCUACCAGUUAUGCUGAUGCCAGUCGCGCCAAUAAGGAAUUAGCAUGGCAUGCGUCACGGAACAUCGAUGACAUGUGUAAGGAUACGUGGAGAUGGCAGCAGAAAAAUCCUGACGGCUAUAAGAAUUCGUCUUCAGUGAUUUGUCCAGGUGCCUGCUCGCUGGAUAGCAAGAAACGAGCAGUUUAAUGAUUGCGUAAGCUAGCGGUUCAGAACUGUUAUGCACGCAGAGCAUUUUUUUGAACGAAAUUAGAUGCCGAAUGUAAAUUUUUUAUGGCAGUUCUUUCUGUAAUCCAGUUCCGUACAACACAUCUCUAAUAUACUUGCUAACUUGAGGAGACGGGAAAAGUCUUGUGUGAAAGAUUCGCCAUAAUCUACCGUGACCUGUUGUUCUAAGACAUUUUUAGACCAUAUACCAAAGAUUGUAAUGCGAUUUGUCUGGGAUUUAGGAGUUUAGUUGUUGUUAUUAUUAUUACUAUCAUGUUUAUUAUCAUUGUUAUUCUCAGAUGUGAAUGGUUUUUCUUUAUUGUAGCUGGUACCUAUGCUGGUACGUACAUUUAGAUUGGUAUAGGUGUAGAAAUUUCACUUUCCUGACUAUGCGUAUUUUUUCUCAGUUCAGGAUGAUGAUCGAGAAGAUCAUUCUUCCUAAAAAUAUGUCGUUAGGUAAAAAUUUUGAGAAACUGUCUUUAGAUAGUGUGUACCUAAAAAUACCGCAAAUUAAUUGUGUCAUAAUUGCUAGAUCAAUAUUCUUGGUGAAAAUUGUAUGGCAUAUUCGUACCAAGUUGAAAUAAAUUAUUACAAACAA